AUGUUUAUUUUACAUAAAAAAAACGGAACAUUUAUUAUGCUACGCAUCGUCAUACUGUGUUUGGCGUUGUACAGGUCACCGCCGGCCGCCGUUGCAGCUCCCGUGAUUAUGGGCACCAACAGACUAACUGACGACCGGUAUUUUUGGCCCUCGCCACAGCGAUCAUCGCCACCCGCUGAAGUUGAUGCUUCCACGCUGAUGACCGCCGACGGUCCGGUCAACAACCAAAACUUUCGUCUCUGGCCACAGCGGUCAUCACCACCCGUUGAAGUUGAUGCUUCCACGCUGAUGACCACCAACGGUCCGGUCAAGAACCAAAACUUUCGUCUCUGGCCGCAGCGAUCAUCGCCAGUCGCCGAAAUUUCCGCUUCAACAAUGAUGACCACUGACCGACCAGCCAACAACCAAAACUUUCGUCUCUGGCCGCAUCGAUCGUCACUGCCUAUUGAAGUUGAUGCUUCCACACUAACGGCUACCGACGAUCCGGUCAAGAACCAAAACUUUCGUCUCUGGCCGCAGCGAUCAUCGCCAGUCGCCGAAAUUUCCGCUUCAACAAUGAUGACCACUGACCGACAAGCCAACAACCAAAACUUUCGUCUCUGGCCGCAGCGAUCGUCACCGCCCGCUGAAGCUGAUGCUUCCACGCUUAUGAUCACCGACGGCCCGGCCAAGAACAUUCAACUAUGGCCGCAGCGAUCGUCACCUCCCACCGUUGUUUCCGCUUCCACAAUGAUGACCAAUGAUGGACCGGCUAAGAACCAGAACAUUCAACUAUGGCCGCAGCGAUCGUCGCCGCCCACCGCAGUUUCCGCUUACACGCUGAUGACCACCGACGGUCCGGUCAAAAACCAAAACUUUCGUCUCUGGCCGCAUCGAUCGUCACUGCCUAUUGAAGUUGAUGCUUCCACACUAACGGCUACCGACGAUCCGGUCAAGAACCAAAACUUUCGUCUCUGGCCGCAGCGAGCAUCGCCAGUCGCCGAAAUUUCCGCUUCAACAAUGAUGACCACUGACCGACCAGCCAACAACCAAAACUUUCGUCUCUGGCCGCAGCGAUCGUCACCGACCGCUGAAGCUGAUGCUUCCACGCUUAUGAUCACCGACGGCCCGGCCAAGAACAUUCAACUAUGGCCGCAGCGAUCGUCGCCGCCCACCGCAGUUUCCGCUUACACGCUGAUGACCACCGACGGUCCGGUCAAAAACCAAAACUUUCGUCUCUGGCCGCAUCGAUCAUCACUGCCUAUUGAAAUUGAUGCUUCCACACUAAAGGCUACCGACGAUCCGGUCAACAACCAAAAUUUUCGUCUCUGGCCGCAGCGAUCGUCACCUCCCGCCGUUGUUUCCGCUUCCACAAUGAUGACCAAUGAUGGACCAGCUAAGAACCAGAACAUUCAACUCUGGCCGCAGCGAUCGUCACCGCCCGCCACAGUUUCCGCUUACACCCUGAUGACCGCCGACGGUCCGGUCAAGAACCAAAACUUUCGUCUCUGGCCGCAUCGAUCGUCACUGCCUAUUGAAGUUGAUGCUUCCACACCGACGGCUACCGACGGUCCAGUCAACAAACAAGACUUUCGUCUCUGGCCGCAGCGAUCAUCGCCGGUCACCGCAAUUUCCGCUUUAAUAAUGAUGACCACUGACCGACCAGCCAACAACCAAAACUUUGGUUUCUGGCCGCAGCGAUCGUCACCGUCCGCCGCAGUUUCCGCUUCCACGCUGAUGACCGCCGACGGUCCGGUCAAGAACCAAAACUUUCGUCUCUGGCCGCAUCGAUCAUCACUGCCUAUUGAAAUUGAUUCUUCCACAAUGAUGACCACCAACGGCCCGUCCAAAAAAAAGAACUUUCAGCUCUGGUCUCAGCGAUCAUCGCCACCUGCCACAAUUACCGCUGCCACAAAGAUGACCACUGGUGGACCGGCCAAGAACAAAAAUUUUCCACUCCGGAAGCAGCGAUCUUCACUUCCUGCCACCAUUGCCGCUUUUAAGAUGAUGGUCACCGAUGAGCUGAUUGAGAACAGGAACUUUCGGCCCUCGUCGCUACAUAACUGUCACUGUGGCCACCACGCCAAGGUGACCACGUCAGACCAGGCAGUAGACCACGACCUAACCAGAGGCCAUUACCAUGUACACUCGACCGCGGUCACAAAGCCGGACCCGGACACGGUUUACACCAGAGCUAAUUGUCACCACGACCGUGCGACCGCGGUCACUGAUGUAAAACGUUGUCGCUGCCCACACCACCAUUAUCAACCACAGGAGAGUGCACCAAACAGUACGCCGUCACCUGCUGUGGACUAUACUAUAAAGGAAGAAAUUCCAGAGAACGACCAGAAUUACGACGAAUCUGAAAAAGACUACGUCGACGACGACUUCUACUCCAUGAACAAUUUCAUAACUCUUAUUUCGUUGAUGAUGUUUGUGUUGUUGUAUCCGAGCUUUUAUAUGUAUAGUAAUCGGAGGCCAAAAACCAACUCGUUUUACUUGCAAGCGAAUAACUGCGGUUGCAAAGCAAAAUAUAUUCGCUGUCCUAAAUAA